AUGGAGGCGGGUCGCCUUGGGAGAGGUCUGAUUCCCUAUUGGUCUCCUGCUCCUGUCAAUCAGGCGCCUGGGUACGUCCGCACCGACGGAGGUGGCGGCCGGGUGACGUCAAGGGAGUGCGUGCUUUGCGGCGGUGGUGCCCUGGCCACGUCGAUUCCCAGAGCUAUUCAAAAGAAGUGCCGCAACCGGGGCAGGGGGCGCCAGCAGCUCAGGGCGCAGGCGCAGCAGUGGUGCUUGAAACACCCAAGGCGCAUGCGCUCCUCUGAGCCGGGGUGCUUUCUGGCGCGCGAGGGCUUGUGGUUUUUUCAAUCGCCAUCGAUGCCUGGCACUACGAUGCGAAUUUUUCAGGUGUAUGAAGGAGCUCGGAACAGAUAUAUCAGCAAGUUCCGAACCGAUUCUGGUACAGGCGUGGAGACAAGGCCAAAUCUCACUACUGACAAAUUGCUGAAAAGAGGAGAUGGUGACUGUGGUGUCAGGGCCUCAUGCAUGAGCCCUGUACGCAGACUUGCCUUUGGGCGACCACAGGAACUGGCCAGGCAUGGGAAGAAAAUGUGCAAAGGCGGGGGUGUCAGGAAGGAACAAAGUGGCAGCCUCCCUUACAGCCCCUUCAUCUGCUUACAGCCUCUGUGGGAAGCUUCGCCUAUCUGUCCAAGCUGCAGACACAUCGUCUUGUCCACAGUGACGAGAGCCCGUUCCGUUGCCCUGACUGGCAAGGGCUUCAAGUGCUCUGCCAACCUCAAGGGCCACUGCCAAGCCCACAUGGACGAGAGGCCCUUUGCAUUCACCAACGGGCCCUCACUGGUGAGCGGCCCUUCCCCUGCGCCGUAUGUGGCAAGGGCUUCACCCACUCCUCUUACCCUACUGACUCACCAGUUGGUCCACACCGAUGUGAGGCCCUUCAGGUGUUCCGAGUGUGGCAAGGCCUUCAAGAGCUUUCAGGAACUGAGGCGCCACCAGCGGCUGCACACAGGCGAGCGGCCCUUUUCCUGCCCUGUCUGUGGAAAGGGUUUCACCCAGUCCAGCAACCUCCACAGCCACCAGCGCACCCACACUGGCGAGCAGCCCUUAGCCUGCCCCGUCUGCAGCGAGGGCUUCACCUGCUCUUCCAACCUGCUGACCCACCAGCGGGUCCACACCGACGAGCAGCCCUUUGUCUGCGGUGAGUGUGGGAGGGGCUUCAACCGCUCCUGCAACCUGCUGACCCACCAGCGGGUCCACACCGAUGAGAGGCCCUACAUCUGUGGCAAGAGGACCAGUAACCUGCUGAGAUGCCAUUCUCUGAGCCCGGUGUUAACUUGAAUUGUCUUCCUCUGUUUAAUCCUUGGGCCAUUGCACUGAGCGCUUGGGGGGGGGUGGGUGAAUGAAAGAAGCUGUAAGUGAUGGAAGUGAGCAGGAACCGAGCAGCAUCUGUGUGGGGGGGGUGCGGGAGGCAUGUGAGAGAGGGCCGAAUUAAAAGAGAGCAGGGUUUCCGCCAGUUUUUCUCUUCUCAUCAACACUGCUCGACCUGCUGAGUUCUUUCAGCAGAUUGGUCAUUGCGCUGAAGACUCCCUUCGCCAGUGUGACACAGUGAGGUGCAGCUUUGAAUGUUCCAGUGCUCAGAUGACACUGUGUAUGUGUGUGUGCAUGUGUGCGCGUGCGUGUGUGUGUGAGUGUGUGCUUGUGCAUGUGUGAGUGUGUGUGCGUGUGCAUGUGUGUACGUGUGAGUGUGUGUGUCUCUUCCUCGUGAAGUCUUAUUUUCACCUCAUCUGUCCCUGUGUUGUAAAAUAUGACAUUCAAAGUUCCAAGUAAAAUUUAUUAUCAGGUUUACAUA